GGAGGGACUUGGAGCCAGCGUAGACCAAUCUGGCUGCCGAAGGCGGGUCCUCUGCUGGAAGGUGGGCGUGGCUUAGGGGGGAAAUCACCGAGAACGCAGCGGAGGUCCUAGCUCAGGAAAACGCCCUCUGCGGUGAAGGAGAGACCACCCCGCCAUGCCUCCCUCUGGGCCCUGGGCCGCCCUCCUCAUCCUGCCACCUCUGCUGUUGCUGCGCGUUAUUCUGGCCGUGCCUCUGGAGCGGGGGGCUACCCAGAAGGAGAAUCCCGCGACCGAGAGCCCCGUGAGUGGCCCUGCCCUGCUCGCCAGCCAGGAUACAGGCCUGUACUAUCACCGGUACCUCCAAGAGGUCAUCAACGUGCUGGAGACCGACGGGCACUUCCGGGAAAAGCUGCAGGCUGCCAACGCCGAGGACAUCAAGAGCGGGAAGCUGAGCCGGGAGCUGGACUUUGUCAGCCACCACGUCCGCACCAAGCUGGACGAGCUCAAGCGGCAGGAGGUGUCGAGGCUGCGGAUGCUGCUUAAGGCCAAGAUGGAUGCGGAGCAGGAGCCCAAUGUACAGUUGGAUCACCUGAGCCUCCUGAAGCAGUUUGAACACCUGGACCCUCAGAAUCAGCACACGUUCGAGGCCCGGGACCUGGAGCUGCUCAUCCAGACGGCCACCCGGGACCUUGCCCAGUAUGACGCAGCCCAUCACGAAGAGUUUAAACGCUACGAGAUGCUCAAGGAACAUGAGAGACGCCGUUAUCUAGAGUCACUGGGAGAGGAGCAGCGAAAGGAGGCAGAGAGGAAGCUGGAAGAGCAACAGCGCCGGCACCGAGAACACCCCAAAGUCAACGUGCCUGGCAGCCAAGCCCAGUUGAAGGAGGUAUGGGAGGAGCUGGAUGGAUUGGACCCCAACAGGUUUAACCCCAAGACCUUCUUCAUACUGCAUGAUAUCAACAGCGAUGGGGUCCUGGAUGAGCAGGAGCUGGAGGCCCUCUUCACCAAGGAGCUGGAGAAGGUGUAUGACCCAAAGAACGAAGAGGACGAUAUGCGGGAGAUGGAGGAGGAGCGGCUGCGCAUGCGGGAACACGUGAUGAAGAACGUGGACACCAACCAGGACCGCCUCGUGACCCUGGAGGAGUUCCUCGCAUCUACGCAGAGGAAGGAGUUUGGGGACACGGGGGAGGGCUGGGAGACAGUGGAGAUGCACCCUGCCUACACGGAGGAUGAGCUGAGGCGUUUUGAGGAGGAGCUAGCUGCCCGGGAGGCAGAGCUCAAUGCCAAGGCCCAGCGCCUUAGCCAGGAGACCGAGGCUCUGGGGCGCUCCCAGGGCCGCCUGGAGGCCCAGAAACGAGAGCUGCAGCAGGCUGUUCUGCAAAUGGAACAGAGGAAACAGCAGCAGCAAAGCCACAAUGACCCAGCUGUCGGCCCUGAAGGACAGCUCAAGUUCCACCCCAACACAGAUGAUGCACCUGUCCCAGCUCCAGCUGGUGACCAGAAGGAUGUGGACACUUCAGAAAAGAAGGUUCCUGAACAGACCCCAGGGCUGCCCCAAGGGGAUUCACAGAACCUGUGAUCCUUCUGGGAUGCCAGCACUCUGGGUUCCUAUUGAGGCUGCUGGAAGGGGGAUGAGGUGUCAGUCAACCUCCUCUGGGGGCCCGGCAUCACCCAUGGCCUCCUCGGGGAGGGGAACAGGAUGGCAUUCCCAAAUUGCUGCCCAGGCCCCCAUAUCUGCCGCCUUCCAGUCUGUGGUCCCUUCUUUCUCUCCCCUUCCAAGGGACCUGCCUUCUCGUGUCCAGUCAAGUGCGCACUGGCUCAACCUAACUUAGGGAAGCCCCUCCAUCCCAAGAGGGUCUGCUCCACGCCUGCCUUGCUAGAUGGUGUGGCCUCACCGCCCAGGUUGUGACCACUUCAGCAUCCCACAUCCUCACAGCUGCUGGAAUCCUGCCUGCUGCUUUGGGUCCAGCUUCUAUUGGUUUACGGGGCUUGGCUGGUCCCUCGAGACCUUUCUCUACCCUUUGUGGGGCCAGCAAUGCCUCAAAGAUGUCUUCCCCAUGGCUGGGUGCAGAGGCUAGAAGAGUCCUCAGCAGAGCUGCUCAACUCUGAUCCCAGGAGCCCCAACUCCCCCUGACCCCUGACCUCAAGCCGCUUCAGCUUCAGGCCCCUCCCUAAUGUCUUGGCCCCUCGCCCCUUUCCCAGGAUCUGGUUCUAGCCCCUCUGCCUCAUGCAGAAGGCCCCACCUGCCUUUCUGGCCUUAUCUCACAUGGCUCCCUGUCCUGCUCUGUACUCUGGUUCCAUCCAAAUACAGUUUCUGGAAUAAA